CCUCAUUCCCACUUCAAGGUCCACUUCUCCAUUCUCUUCUCCCCUUUCAACAAACUCAAGAUGGUAAAGAUGAACUAUCCUCUCUUCACACUCUCACUUCUCCUAAUAGUCCUCUUCUAUCCCACCACCAUAAAUUCAGCAUCUGAAUCACCAGCACCAUCACCAUCAUCAGCCCCAACAGAUAUUAUCCGAAUCCUCAAAAAAGCCGGUGGAUUCACCACCCUUAUCCGCCUCCUCCAAACCACUCAAGUAGCCACACAAAUCAAUGCACAACUCCUAAACUCAAACAAUGGACUAACACUCUUUGCACCAAAUGACAAUUCCUUUUCAACCCUCAAACCUGGUUUUCUCAAUUCCCUUAAUGAUCAACAAAAGAAUGAGCUUAUUCAAUUCCAUGAACUACCCUCAUUUGUUGCACUCUCAAAUUUUGAUACUUUAAGCAACCCAGUUAGAACACAAGCUGGUGAUGAUCCUGAGAGAUUAGCAUUGAAUAUAACAAGUUCAGGGACUCAAGUGAAUUUAACAACUGGUGUUGUUAAUGCUACUGUUGGUGGUAGUGUUUUUUCUGAUCAUCAACUUGCUAUUUAUCAAGUUGAUAAGGUUCUUCUUCCUAAGGAUUUCUUCAUUCCCAAGUCUCCUCCACCGGCUCCGGCACCAGAAAAGAGUAAAGAUUCCAAGAAAAAAUCUGCAGAGGGUCCUGCAUCUUUAGAUGAUAAUGACAAAUCAUCUGCUAUGAGUUUGAAGGACAAGAAUGGAAUAAUGUUGAUAUUUGCAGUUUAUAUGGUUAUUGCUGCAACUUUAUUUUCAUUGUGACUAUUAUGAGAAGUCUGAAAAAAAUUACAAACUAAGUAUGCAGGAAAUUCUGCUAUUUGGGGGGUACAUUGUUGUUUUCUUCAUGAAUUUCAUUUUUAUGUGUUGGAUUGGUUGGGAAUUUUGUAGCACUUUCCAAUGAUUGUUAAUUUUUAUUUAUUUUGCUUUCCCUUUUGCUGAAGAGUCAAGUAAGUUUGUGGUGAAAAUUGUAUUCAAUUUUGAAGGCUUUAUUUCCUUCUUUAUUGGUUGUCAUUCCUUCACAAAGUAAAAGCUGAUAUUAUAAUGGGAAAUUUUGUGUACUCUUCUAAGUUGCA